AGCAAGGAAACCGUGGUGCACAAUGUUAUUUGGGACAUUGCUAUCAGUAUGGUAUAGGAGUAGAUAUAAAUGAAGAGGUAUCGUUCGGCUGGUACUUAAAAUCCGCUGAAGGAGGAUAUGCGGAAGCAUUUUCUCAUAUAGGAGAUUGCUAUUUAUGUGGUAAAGGUGUAGAUAUAGACGUGGUCAAAGCGUGGGAGUGGUACGCAAGGACCGCUCAAGGAGGAAUGUUGGGUACAACUUUAAUUUAG